AUGACCGUGUUUGUGUUUGUUGUUAGAAUAAGUGCGCAUACAGCUUACAUUUUUCGCGUGAACGCCCUUGGUACUACGGGAAAUGUGAGCAACGAGGCGAUAACAACUUACGUCAUCCGAGGACUAUCGCGCGAUCCUAUGUACAACAAUCUUGUGGCGAAAGAGUACAAAGACAUUUACGAUCUCAUCGACCAUGUGAAGCGGUGUGAGAUGCAUUACCAAAUGCGUGAGCUUCCAGCUCCCAUGCCUCGCAUGCUACCAGCUAAUCGCUUUACAUCAACACCAUCUGUGAAUACAAAAACACAGCCAGCCAACAAGCGUGAAGAAGUUCGUUGCUAUAAUUGUUCCAGUUUCGGCCAUUAUUCCAACCAAUGCCGAAAACCUCGCCAGCCAGUCCAAUCAUGCUUCCUGUGUGGUGAUCCUGACCAUAAAAGACAGGAAUGUCCGCGAGUAAGCCACCGAAUGCCUGCUGCAGUAUUUGCGCCGUGCGAUCAAGAGAUUUUUACAAACCAACAACCAAAUGAAAGCAACACAUUGAGAGGAUAUUUGCAACCACAAUCACCGCUUUACUCGAUUAAUGAUGGUUCGCGUCGUAAUCAGUCGGUAGCUGUUGCAGUUGAGGGCAACUAUCGUGACGAUAGUGGAAUUCACCAUGCUGAAGGAGGGGUUAGAAUAGAUCCAGUUCAGGAGCCCUAAAAGUUUUCUCAGCGAGCAGCUUGUGCCAAACCAUAAAUUUAAUCCUCGGCUGUCCGGAUUCCGUGGCCUAGGUAAUCAGCUACUCACAUCAUUGGGCCAUGUAGAAGGCACUAUUGGUUUUCGGAAUACAAACGUUAUUCAUUCUUUUAUUAUACUGCCCAAACAUCAAAGAGCUUGGCCAAUGAUUGUUGGAAGAGAUUUAUUGGAAAGAAUGAAUAUUCAUUUGAAAUAUAUAUGUUAUCGUUACUCGCGUGAAAAUUUGA